CAUUUAAUCUAGUGCUAAUUUCACACAUGCCCCCCCAUUGAUGUUACAUGCACACAGACACCGACAGCAUACAGCAUGUCUGUAGUAUAGGUAUAUGGGCAGCUGUCGUCAUGGCAACCCAGCCGUUUACUGUCAAGGCACUGGUGACAGUUGGACCAGAGAUAAAGCCGGCGGCCAUGUUGAAGAAGUCAGAGAUGCCGAAGCCAGAGAUGCCGAAGCCAGAGAUGCCAAAGCCAGAGAUGCCAAAGCCAGAGAUGAAGAAGACAGAGAGACCAAAGUCAGAGAUGCCGAAGCCAACAAUUAAAAAGAGAGCGAUGAAGAAGACAAUUUAUUCCAACACCUUUGAGGCGGCAGAUUUAAACAUCAAGCCCAGAUGUGGCUGGAAGAGGAGAAUACUAUCUGACUCCUCUGAUGAUGAGAAGGUCUCCAUCAAGAGAAAGGUUGCUAGAAAGUUGUCAUCAAGCUCAGAUGAGACCAGUGAUGAGAGGACGCAAAGUAGAGGCCCUCAGGGAGAUGCAGAAGGAGGGAAAACCAGCAGUGCUUCAACCCCCUGCCUCAGAGAUGCAGUCUCUAGCACCAUCCAGAGACUGGAGUUUUACCAUCAGUUAGGCCAAGGUGCCUUUGGGAAGGUCCUGCUGGCAGCCGACUCACAUACCAACGAGUUGUUAGCUGUAAAGAUCAUGAGCAAACGACAUCUGCUAAGUGUGGGCGAAAAAGUUGCCUUUGUGGAAAGGAAAGUGCUAGAACUUGCAUCAGAAAGCACCUUCCUCAUUCACGGCCACUUCGCCCACCAGACCAAGGAGCACGUGCUCCUUGGUAUGGAGUAUGCAAGUGGUGGUGACUUGGAACAUCUUCUGAUGAGGAAUGGGCCUCUUACCAUCUCUAAUGCAAGAUUCUACAGUGCAGAGAUUGUAUGUGGGCUCCAAUUCCUGCAUUCCAAGGGCAUUGCCCAUGGCGACCUCAAGCCAGAUAACAUCUUAGUGGCUGCAACAGGCCACCUCAAGAUCGCCGACUUCGGUCUCGCAAGUAACAUCACACCUAGAAACUGGAGUGCCACUGGCUGUGCUGGAAGAUGUGGCGACAUCACUCCUGAGGUACGUUUUCGCGAAGAGAGAGCUAUCGGUCAUGAUUGGUUUUGCUUUGGCAUCAUUCUCAGCAAAAUGGUCAAUGGAAGAUCUUUUGGACCAGGCACUGAAGUCAGGAACAUCAUUGACGAGCUCUUCAGUAUCAUGCCAGCCAGACGCCCAGGAGUGAAUGAUAACAUCCGCCUCCAUCGCUUCUUCCGGCAUAUCAACUGGGUCGCCUUGGAAGCCCUUGAGAUGGAGCCACCAUACAUUCCUGCACCACCGACCUUUCCACCCUCUGCCUCCAUAAAUAACCAGCUAGCAAUAAUGGAGGCAGAAGAGGCCAAUAAUCCACCUGUAACAGCCCCCCAGCAGGACCGGUUUGCAGGGUUCUCAUUUACCACCUCCACCUGGAGAACCCCCCCAAAGGCACCGGGCCUACGACCGUCUAGCUGAGGCAGCAGCACUGCUGGAUGCAGGAGUUGGAGUUUCUGCAGAACAUCUGUGAUAAGAAGAUUGAUUACAACUUGGAAGAUUGUUUAUUAUUUUCUUAUUUUUUAUAAGUUUUUAAAUUUAACUUUUUUUAAAUUUGAAUAUUAACAUUUUUUAAAUUUACAUUUUCAAAUUUAGUGGGAGGGUAUUUUAUAA